UGAAGGUGCUGAGGGACGGAGGGGAGGGCGCUGUGUUCCCCAUGACCGACCUCCUGCUCGCCCUCUGCAGGCGCAACGCAGGCACAGACAGGGCUGCUGUCGUGACGUUUCUGGUGGGGCAGCUGAAAGAGUCCUGCGGGCAGGUGAAAGAAUCUCCUAGCGGCGUCGAGAGCAAGAAGCAAGGCAGCAGUGAGGGGAGAGAGUGGACAGCAGAGAAAGAGGAGGAGGGGGAAAGGGCUGCUGCUGGUGGUGGUGUGCCAUCUUCGUUGCAGCCCGUGCAAUCAGCAUUGGCUCACUGCCUGGCUGUGCUACUCUCAGAAGACCUGCCCUGCUCGGACAUAGCAGCCAAGGAGGGCUUCGCUGCUGUCGCUCUCCACAUGCUCUCUGGGUAUGUCUCCUCUGUGUGCCCCGACUACCACCCCCCGACUCUGCCUCUUGCUGCACUCGCAUCACCUCCCAGCAAGAGCCGGCUACAGCAGCAGCCCAAUGCAGGGUUGGCGGGUCAGAGGGUAGAGGCUAGAGGGAGAGCUGACGGGGUGGCAGGGGGGAAAGGAGGGCAAGCGGGAGAGGGGCGUGAGGGCCUUGGGGAGGUGCCCAAGUGGGUGCCGUCUCUGUUCCUUGUGCUGGAUUCUCUUGUGCAGUGGAAGGUGCCUGGCACAGGGGUACGAGGGGAAGCAGGUGCAGCAGGCGCAGCAGGGGCUGCAGGGGCAGCAGGGGAAACAGCAGGUAGAGGGGGAGCAGCAGCAGCAGGUGCACCGUUGACCUUCGCAUCUGUACUGGCAGGCGGGGCUGGUGGGGCAUCAACAGGAGCCGAGAUUCCAGAUGCACUUCCUGCUGCUACUGGCGCUGCUACUGCUGCCGGGGCAUCAGAGGCUCCAUCCGGGGCGGGUGUAUCUGCCACUGCCGCCCCAGCAGGCAGCAAGGGCAAGCAGCCAGCAGAGGCAGACAAGCGAGAGGGCAGGGAGGAGAACCGAUUCACAGAGAUAGUGGGGCUGUCAACAGGGUACCUGUCAGACGACGAGAAGGCUCAAGCCAUGGCCCUCAUCUGCCCUCUCCUGCGCCGCCACCCCCCAGCGUCUCUCUGCCAAGCUCUCCUCCACCUCGCCUCACGCCUCUCCCGCUCGCACCCCGUGGCUCUCCUCUUUCUGGACCAGGGAGGGGUGGCGGCGCUCCUCGCGCUCCCCUUCUCCUCGAUCUUUCCGGGGUUUGAGAGUCUCGUGUCGGCGGUGGUGCGGCAUGUGUUGGAAGAUCCGUUCACGCUGCUGCAUGCUAUGGAAGCGGAGAUUAGGCAUAGUCUCACCACGCUGGCGACUCAGCAUGGGGGGCGUGUGUCCCCUCGCGUGUUCCUGGGCGCUAUGAGCCCUCUUGUUGCUCGGGAUCCGUCGGCGUUUCUGCAGGCGGUGGGGAAUGUGUGUGAGGUGGAGAGUGCUGGUGGGCGGCAGGUGGUCCUCCUGACAUACCUGCAGCAGUUCCCGCCACCUGAAAAAACACCUGAGAAAUCACCUGGGGAGUUAUCUGAGGGGCAUGGGGUAGCUGCAAUGGAGGUUGGGGUUGGUGGUGGUCUGGCAGGGGAGGCAAUGGAGGUGGACGCAGAGGGGCCUGAGAAUAAGGCAGGCACAAAGGAAGGAGAGAAGGAAGGAGAGAAGGAGGCAGGGAAGGAGGAAAAGGAGAAGGAGAAGGCGGAGGAGGAGGAGAAGGAGAGGGCGGAGUUUGCAAUCUCUCGAACCACGCUGGUGCUGCGGCUGCUCACGGAGAUCCUACUGGCGUAUUCUGCUGCCAGCACUCUCGUGCUCCGCAGGGAUGCUGAGGCUGCUGCUGCCGCAGGUGGUUGUGCAGGCGCUUCAGCAGCAGCGGUGGGUGCAGGUUCGGUGCACCACGUGUUACACGAGCUUCUCCCGUACCUCAGUGACAAGCCCAGCACCGCAUCAGCAGCAGCAGGCAGCACUGCAGCAGCGCAGGGCGGGUCUUCCCACCCGGGGCACCACCGGCUGGGCACGCAGGCGUCUGCGUUCCUCAUUGCGCUGUGCGUGCGGUCAGGGGAGGGCCGGCGCCGCGUGCUCUCAGAGAUUUCCAAGAGCCUGAGUCGCUUUGGGAAGGAGGAUGGGGGGAGGGCAGGACAGGUGCGGCAGCAGGAGAAGGCAGGAGCGGCUUUGACGGGAGAAGCAUCUGUAGCAGGAGCAGGAGCCGCAGGUGGAGUAGGGGAAGGUGGGGCAGCCACGGUUUCAGGUGCAGAAGCAGCAGCAGUUGCAUCUGCAAAGCUCCAAGUGCCCAACAAGCAGGUGAGGUCUUUCCUUGACCUCAUGAACGCGCUUCUCUCCACGCACUCGUCCAAUGGGAGCAACCCACCUGGCGGCCCGGGCAGCUCAGCACAAGAUUCACCGAAGUUGGUGAAUUCGAUCCUCAGGGUUUCAGAGGUGCUCACCCGAGCCUCAGCUUCGGAAGCGCGUGCCGAGCCUGGGAGAGGUCCGGCAUCAGGGCAGCGCGUUUCAGUGGGUGUAACAAGGGCUGUAGGUUCGGGAAGGCAGGAAGCAGGCUCGGCAGGGGCUGGAGGGGUGCCGAGCCAAGCAGCAGUGGAAGGGGGGACAACAGGGGCGGAAACAGGUGCGGAUGGGGGGGCAGCAGAAGGAGGAGGUGGGGCAGGUGCCACUGAUACAGCCAUGGGUGAUGCAGCCGGGGAUGGAGGGAGAGAAACAGCUUCUAUCCGAGAAUUCGAUGAUAUGGGUGAGGAUGAGGAUGGGGAGGAGGAGGAUGAUGGGGAUAUGGAGGGAGAGGAGGAUGGGGAGGAGGACGAGGAUGGGGAGGAUGAUAUUGAGGAUGGGGAUGAGGAGGAUGAGGAGGGGAUGGAGGAGGGGGAGGAGGGGGAUGAGGAGGAUGAGGAAGAUGAGGAAGAUGAGGAUGAUGACGAUGAUGAGGAUGAAGAUGAUGAUGAUGAUGAGGAUGAGGAGCAUGGGCAUGGAGGGGAGGACAAUGGCCAUCUGCCUCCCGGUGGCAUGGGCAUGGGGGAUGACAUGGAAGACCAUGAGGAGGACGAUGAGCAAGCAGCCCGGGCCAUGCGGCGGGACUUUGCACGUGAGCUAGCAGAGGCAGACGAGGAGGAUGAUGAGGGAGAUGAGGACGAUGAUAUGGAUGAGGAUGAGGAGGACGCUGAUGAGGAGGAUUUAGAAGACUGGGAGGAGGACGGAGCGAGGUUCAUCGAGGUGAGAUGGCGGGACGACGUUACGGGAGCCAAUCACGUGCAUCUGCUCUCGGGUGGCACGGAUGUAGCCGGGUUGAUGGACCUUCCAGGGUUCAUGCAGCGGGAUGUGCUGAACGAUCCACUGUAUGCGGAUAUCAAUGAGCCUGCGGGGCGCAUGGGAGCAGGGCCGCUGCAUGUGCACCCGCUGCUGGCCCGCCCGUUUGCCCCUGGGGCAGCGCCGACAGACGCGGCUUCCGCGUCCGCCCCUGCUCACGCUGCUGCAGCACCGGGAUCGCGGCUUUUUAACCUCCUGGCGGGCAUGCAGGGGAUGAUGGGAGGAGUAGGGGGACCGAUGGGGGCAGGGGGCGGGGCAGGGCCAGGAAUGGAAGUAGAUGCGGCGUUUGCAAGGGAUGUAGCGUCUCUAAUGAUGGCAUAUGAAAAUCCUUUCCUGGAGGACAUGCUGCAGGCUAGAGGGCUGCUUGACCCGCGACCCAUGGGCGGCAUGGGCAGCAUCAUGGGCGGCGUGGGCGGCGUGGGUGGCGUGGGCGGCAUGGGGAUAGGGCAUCCGUCGGGAGUAGAGUUUGAUCCAGGGAGGGCGAGGGCGAUGGGGGUGAGCGGGCUGGGGCCGGUGGUGGGGGGCGCGGCGGGGCGAGGGGAGUUUGGGAGGGUGAAUCGGUGGACGGAUGAUGGGCUGCCGCAGCCUGCAGGGACGGGCGCUGCUGUUGCUCAGGCGCUGGAGAGUGCUUUCCUGCAGUCCAUGCAAGGGGUGCGCGAGGCAGGGGGGCAGGGCGGGCGGGAGGCUGGGAGAGGGGGAGGGAGGGAAGGGGGAGAGGCGGGGGGGCAGAGAGGUGGGGGAGCUUCGGGUGGUGCGGCAGCGGACGCAGCCGCAGGUGCUUCAGGUGGUGCAGCAGGCACGAGCACAGGCGGAGCAGCAGCAGCAGAGGAGGAGGAGGAUCUCCCAGAGAUCGACCCAACCUUCCUGGAGGCUCUACCAGAGGAUUUAAGGGCAGAGUUUCUAGCAGCCCUGCCGCCAGAUAUUCAAGCAGAGGUGCUGGCACAGCAGCAGGCACAGCGCCUCAUGGCGGCAGCGGCGGCCGCGGGAGCGGAUGGGCAUCCCGUGGACAUGGAUAGUGCGUCUAUCAUUGCCACAUUCCCCGAGGAGCUUCGAGCCGAGGUCCUGCUGACUUCAUCCGAAGCAGUGCUGGCGUCUCUCCCGCCUGCGCUCCUAGCUGAAGCCCAGCUGCUGAGGGAGCGGGCGAUGCAGCAGCAGUACUCUAGGCACCAGCACCCCGCACACCCCCACCAUGCCAUCUUUGGCGGUCCCAUUCGCCGCUCGCCUGCUGUUGCCGGUGGUACCACUGCCCACCGCCGCCCACCGCACCCGUUCGCUGUGGCUGCUGGGGAGGGCGGCGUGGGGGAUGGUUUCAGGGGGUUUAAUGCGGAGAAGGCGCCAGUGGUGGAUGAGAGGGCGCUCAAGGCGCUCAUUCGCCUGCUGCGCAUCUCCCAGCCCCUGCAAAAGGCCUUGCUGCCACGACUGCUCACCAACCUCGCGUCACAUGCCACCACGCGUGCAGCCCUCGUGCGCAUCCUGCUAGAUCUGCUGCGCCCGGACGGCGAUCCAACGGACCAGCACCCCACGGGACAGAAUCCAACGGACCAGAAUGCGGCAGGCGCGCAGGCCGCUGCAGCAUCUGCAGGGGAAGGCAGUCAGCCUGCAGCACCUGCAGCGGCUGCUGCUGCUGUGGAAGGCAAUCAGGCCAAUCAACCUGCAUUGAUUUCAGCCGUUGAGGGGGGUGCGGGUGAGGGUGGGUUAGCAGCGGACGGCGCCCUGCCGCACCAGCUGUACUGCUGCCAGUCCAAUGUGGUGUAUGCUCGACCACAGCGACCCAACAGCAUCCCUCCCCUCGUGUCCCGGCGGGUAUUGGAGCUUCUGGUCUAUCUGUCUCGCCACUCCAUGGCAGCCACGCGCCUCCUGCUGCUCUUCCCCUCUGCACUCACUCGCUUGGCUCAGCAGCAGCGUGAGGAGCGGGAGAGGGUGAAGGAGCGCAAGGGCAAGGCAAAGGUGACGGAAGUAGCAGAGGAGGCUGUAGGAGGAGCAGCAGAGGGAGCAGCAGGAGGAGCCAUGAAAGCAGGGGAAUUGGUGGAGACGGGGGUUGUGGGCAGGGGAACGAAGGGGAAGAGAAAAGUGGGUGCCGAUGGGGAGGCGGAGGAGGAAGGGGGAGAAGAGGGGGAAGGGGAGGUGCCGUUUGUGCUGAUGCUGCACUUGUUGAGGCAGCCUCUGUACCUGCGUAGCUCGCCCCACUUGGAACAGCUGCUGGGUCUCAUGGAGGUGGUAGCUCGCGCAGCAGCAGAGGAGGCUUUGAACCGCCUUUUUACAGUCUUCCUCCGAAUCCCCCACCCUGACCUGCGCAUUCUCUCCCAGCUGCUCGCGCAGGAGGGCCUCUCAGAUGCCUCCUACUCGCGGGCUGUCGCUGUGCUGCGGCUGGUUACCGCUGUGGUUCCUAAGUACCGCGCACUGUUUGUUGCUGACCUGGCAGAGGCGGCACGCCAGCUCAGCGCGCCGGCCACGCGGGAGUUGCUAGAGGUGGUGGAGGGGGCGGAUGGCGGAGAGGGUGGGGGAGAGGAGGGAGCAAGCACAGCUGCAGCAGCAAGCGCAGCAACUGAGAAGCGCCAUCGCCGGCUGCUCAACGCGUUCGUACGCGGCAACCCGGCCCUGCUGGAGAGAUCCUUUGCGGUGCUACUCAAGUGGGCAUGGGUGCUGGACUUUGAUAACAAGCGCGCUUACUUCAGGGCGAGGAUGAGGCAGCUGCACGAGCAGCCGCAUUACGGCACGCUGCGGAUUACAGUUAGGCGGCCGUAUAUUCUCGAAGACUCGUACAACCAGCUGCGUAUGCGCACAGCAGAGGAGCUAAGGGGCCGGCUGAAUGUGCACUUUCAAGGAGAAGAGGGCAUUGAUGCGGGGGGGGUGACGCGCGAGUGGUACCAGCAGCUGUCGCGAGUGGUGUUUGACAAGGGCGCUCUGCUCUUCACCACCGUUGGCAACGACACCUCCUUCCAGCCCAACCCCAACUCUGUCUUGCAGCCGGGUCAUCUGUCCUACUUCAAAUUCGUGGGCCGAGUGGUUGCCAAGGCGUUAUACGACGGACAGCUGCUGGAUGUGCAUUUUACCCGCUCCUUCUACAAGCACAUUCUGGGCGUCAAGGUCACGUUCCAUGACAUAGAGGCCAUCGACCCUGAUUACUACAAGAACCUGCAGUGGAUGCUCGAGAACGACAUCAGUGACAUCCUGGACCUCACGUUCAGCAUGGACGCGGACGAGGAGAAGCGCAUUCUCUACGAGCGCACCGAGGUGACGGACCAUGAGCUCAUUCCCGGAGGCCGCAACAUCAGGGUGACGGAGGAGAACAAGCACGAGUAUGUGGACGCCGUGGCAGACUACCGCAUGACGGCUGCCAUCCGCCCGCAGAUCGCAGCGUUCAUGGAGGGAUUCACGGAGCUGAUCCCUAAAGACCUCAUUGCCAUGUUCAACGACAAGGAGCUGGAGCUGCUCAUCUCUGGGCUUCCUGAGAUCAACAUUGACGACCUGCGCAGCAACACGGACUACACGGGGUACACGGCAGCGUCCCCUCAGAUCCAGUGGUUCUGGGACGUGGUGGCGCAUCUUUCCAAGGAGGACAGGGCUCGCCUGCUGCAGUUCGUCACCGGCACAUCCAAGGUUCCUUUGGAGGGCUUUAAGGCACUGCAAGGGUUGUCAGGGCAGCAGCGGUUCCAGAUCCACAAGGCAUAUGGCGAUAACUCGAGGUUGCCCUCCGCUCACACAUGUUUCAACCAAUUGGAUCUCCCGGAGUACAGCACCAAGGAGCAGCUACAAGAGAGACUCCUGUUGGCCAUUCACGAAGCCAGCACAGAAAUGUGGAUAUGGAAAUUCGUGGUCGUGUGGGACAUCGCGGCUGACGUGUCAAUUGGACCCCCCUUUGUGCCAUUCGAAGCGAUUCGCAUUGCACACGCGGCAUUCGCAAGGCUUCCUUCGCAACCCUCUCCCGUCUUGCGAAGCUUGACGAUAUUUCGCUUACUGUCGCCCUUCCGUCCAUCCACCACCAAUCCUCCUCGGCAGCCAUGGCUGCUUCCCAGCCACUCGCUGCCGCGCUGGACUCCCGGCCAGCUGUGUCACGGCAACUCCACGAAUUCUGAUUCUGGAUUCCUGAUGGGUGGAGAGAGCUGGGAUUGGGAAGCAGCAGCUAGUCUACUGCUUCCUGCGACUCCCUCUCAUCCAUUUCUCAGACAUCCUUUGAGAAUGGCUGCUACCGUCGCUACCUCCUCCAAGGUGGUCGUCGCGCCCCGCGCGGCCCUUUCCCAGGGCAGCAGCGCUGGCGCCAGCUCUGUCAGGGCGUCCGCCGGCAUCAGGUCCUUCAACGGCCUUGUCGCUGGUAACAAGGACAACCAGAAGUUCGCCAACAUUUUCGCCGUUGAGCACGACAUCCACUCCGCCGUCGCCUCGCACGUCGCCAAGGCGGGCAAGGGCACCCGCGGUGUGGUUACCAUGGCGAAGAAGAGCGUGGGUUCGCUGACGGAGGCGGACCUGAAGGGCAAGCGCGUGUUCGUGCGCGCGGACCUGAACGUCCCCCUCGAUGCGGACUUCAACAUCACCGAUGACACGCGUAUCCGCGCCGCCGUGCCCACCAUUAAGUACCUCAUGGAGAAGGGCGCCAAGGUUCUCCUCACCAGCCACCUGGGUCGCCCGAAGGGUGUGACUGAGAAGUUCCGCCUGACGCCCCUCGUGAACCGUCUGUCGGAGCUGCUGGGCAUCAAGGUGCACAAGACGAGCGACUGCAUCGGCGAGGAGGUCGAGAAGGCCGUCGCGGCGCUCCCCAACGGCGGCGUGGUGCUCCUCGAGAACGUCCGUUUCUACCCCGAGGAGGAGAAGAACGUCAAGGACUUCGCCGAGAAGCUCGCCGCCAACGCCGACCUCUACGUCAACGACGCGUUCGGCACGGCGCACCGCGCGCACGCCUCCACCGCCGGCGUGACCGAGUUCCUGAAGCCGUCCGUCGCGGGCUUCCUGCUCCAGAAGGAGCUUGACUACCUCGAUGGCGCCGUGUCCAACCCCACCCGCCCCUUCGCCGCGAUUGUCGGCGGCUCCAAGGUGUCGUCUAAGAUCGGCGUGAUUGAGUCGCUCCUCGCCAAGUGCGACAUUCUGCUGCUGGGCGGUGGCAUGAUCUUCACCUUCUACCGCGCGCUCGGGUACAAGACGGGCGCGUCGCUCGUGGAGGAGGACAAGGUGGAGCUGGCGACGAGCCUGAUCAAGAAGGCGGAGGAGAAGGGCGUGAAGCUGCUGCUGCCCACCGAUGUUGUCAUCGCUGACAAGUUCGCCCCUGACGCCAACUCCCAGAUCGUGUCGGCCAAGGACAUCCCCGACGGCUGGAUGGGUCUCGACAUUGGCCCUGACUCCGUCAAGACGUUCAACGAGGCGCUCGACUCUUCCAAGACCGUCAUCUGGAACGGCCCGAUGGGUGUGUUCGAGUUCGACAAGUUCGCCGUCGGUACCGAGGCUGUCGCGAAGAAGCUCGCGGAUCUGAGCGGCAAGGGUGUGAUCACCAUCAUUGGUGGCGGUGAUUCCGUGGCGGCUGUUGAGAAGGUGGGAGUGGCUGACAAGAUGAGCCACAUCUCCACCGGUGGCGGUGCCUCCCUGGAGCUUCUCGAGGGCAAGGUGUUGCCAGGUGUCGCUGCUCUCAACGAUGCCUAG